AUGACUUUCAACUAUGAGUCGAAGUGGAUUUUGAAGGCUCCAAAGCAACGCCGUCCUCUAUGCGCUAUCCAGUUGCUGACGGCUUUGGACAAUCAACGCAAAGAGGAGAAGGAUACGAAAUACAGACCAUUGAUCUUCAUCGGCCAUAGCUUUGGUGGAGUAGUCAUUGAGCAGAGUUUGGUGACCGCAAACUCUCAUGGUGGCAGCUUUGAGUACCUUGCUGAGUCGACCGUGGGAUCAAUCUUUCUUGGUACUCCUCAUCGCGGUACCCGAUCUGGGAACUGGGGAGAAUGGAUCGCCAUGACUGCAAAGGCUUCAGGGUUGGGAUCAGAGGAUAGUAUAAUGAAGGACCUUCGAGAAGGUUCAGAGAGCCUUAGAGAUCUCCUAUAUGAGUUCACUUUAAUGGCCAACAGAGCCCCACUCGAACUUGUCUGCUUUUUUGAGCAGCAUAAAACAGAUUAUGGAAACAAGGUUGGUAUCAAAAAGAUAUUUACCAAGCUGGUUGUGGACGAGACUUCAGCCUGUAUAGACGGUCAUCGAAAGGUACCCCUACCGACCGAUCAUCUGAAGAUCAACAAGUACAGCGGACCGGAUGAUCCCUCCUAUAUCGCAGUAUACCCCUUGAUUGUGGAUAUGGCCCAGAAGGCUAUUCGAGUAGUCCAAGGCAGACUGAACCCUCAGGCAAUUGUUGAAGACAAUUCAAUAAUACCCCGUGAAAACCUGGGAUGUCUGCAAUCUCUAUUCCUUUCUGAUCCUCGAAAUGACCUCGCAGAGAUUCGCAAUGCGAAGGGACGCAGGGUCCAUGGCACUUGCGCAUGGAUUCUCACUCAAGACCGGUACACGUCAUGGUUAGUUGAAGACAGUCCACAGCUGCUCUGGCUCUCUGGCGCGCCCGGAAUCGGAAAGACGAUGAUAUCCAGUUUCUUGGUGGAAGAACUCGCGCAGUUAGCAAAGCAAUCAUCGCAGAUGACGUUGGCAUACUACUUCUGCGAUGACAAAUUCCAGGAACGUAGGACCGCCACAUCCAUUCUCCGGGGACUACUGCUGCAACUAUUACGGCAGCGACCAAUUCUCUUCAAGCACAUUCAGACGCGCUUUGAUACGUUGCGCGACAGGCUCUUCACUAAUUUCCAUGCGCUGUGGACAAUUUUCGUUAGCAUCAUACAGGAUCCCGAAGUGGGUGAGGUCUGUUGCUUGAUAGAUGCUUUGGAUGAAUGUGAGAAAGAAUCACGUCAGCUGUUUCUCACCGAUUUCAAGGAACUCUUCGUUUCUCAGCAGAGCGAAAAGACAUAUGUCAAGUUUAUUGUCACCAGUAGACGGGAAAAUGACAUAGAGGAGUCACUGUCCGCAGUCGGUCCAGCCAUCCGGCAUCUCCAGGUUGACUCAGGGAAAGUCAAUGACGACUUGUCCAAGUUUAUCGUUGUUAAAGUCAACGAGUUGUCGGCAAGGAAAAAAUAUAAUGAGAAACUGAAGGAAGAGGUCAAGCAUGCUUUGACAAGUAAGGCUGAGGGAACGUUCCUGUAUGUCUCACUCGUCUUGGAUGAUCUCAACAAAACGAGGGUGCAGUCGUUAGUCCGACAGAAGCUGCAGGAAUUACCUUCAGACCUCAACAAUUUGUACGACAAGAUUCUCAGUCGGAUCGCAGUCGACUAUGUGGAAAUCGCAAUUUGGGUACUCCAUUGGGUGGCUGUUGCGCGAAGGCCUCUGACUGUGAGAGAACUUGCAAUGGCACGCGUUCUAGGCACUGGAGAAUGGGAAGGAAAAGCGGUACCAUCGGAAGACCUCUUGCAUGUUUUUCAGGAUGAAUUCAAAAGCUGCGAGCCGCUUGUCUACGUUGAUACUGACAGAGAUACCAUCAACCUCGUUCAUCAGUCCGCCAAGGACUACCUCUUGGGUGCACAUCUCCAAGGAAACGGUGACCUGUCCCAGUAUCAUGUUGCCCUUGACACGACAAAUCUCCUAAUAUUCAGAACCUGUUGGACAUAUUUCUGCCUGGAAGAAUUCAAACAACAUACGAUGUCAAUGCACCCAACGCUGGAGCACAGAUUACUCUUUGGAGAUUCGCAACGGCGAAACUUAUUAGACGACUACUGCUUUUUCCGAUAUGCGAGUCGUGAGUGGCAGAAUCAUGCAGUAGCAGCUGGUCCAGCUUUGGCCACUGACUACAAAUUCUGGGAAGAGAAGCUAGAUAAAUUGCCGACAUUGCGUGAUUAUUGGUUACUCCAGGCAGCUGCAAAAGGACAAGAAGUAGUAGUGAAGCUACUAUUGAGUCGAAAUGAUGUGAUAGCAGACUCUCGUGAUGAAGACGGCCGAACAUCACUGUCGUGGGCGGCUGAGGAGGGGCGUGAGGCGGUAGUGAAGCUACUACUGAGUCGAAGUGAUGUGGUAGCAGACUCUCCGGAUAAAAGAGGCCGAACAUCACUGUCGUGGGCCGCAAUGGAGGGACACGAGGCAGUGAUGCAACUACUAUUGAGUCAAAGUGAUGUGAAAGCAGACUCUCGUGAUAAAGACGGCCAAACAUCACUGUCGUGGGCCGCAAUGGAGGGACACGAGGUAGUGAUGCAACUACUAUUGAGUCGAAACGAUGUGAAAGCAGACUCUCAGGCUAAUGAUGGUCGGACACCGCUGUCGUGGGCGGCUGAGGAGGGGCGUGAGGCAGUGGUGAAGCUAUUAUUGAGUCGAAGUGAUGUGAAAGCAGACUCUCAGGAUAGUUACGGCCAAACACCACUGUCGUUGGCCGCAAUGAAUGGGCACGAGGCAGUGGUGGAGCUACUAUUGAGUCGAAGUGAUGUGAUAGCAGACUCUCCGGAUAAAACCGGCCGAACACCACUGUCAUGGGCCGCAGAGAGCGGGCACGUGGCAGUGAUGAAGCUAUUAUUGAGUCGAAGUGAUGUGGUAGCAGACUCUCCGGACAAAACCGGCCGAACACCACUAUCGUUGGCCGUAAGCAAUGGGCACAAGGCAGUGGUGAAGCUACUAUUGAGUCGAAGUGAUGUGAUAGCAGACUCUCAGGAUAUUUACGGCAAAACACCACUGUCGUCGGCCGCAAGUAAUGAGUACGAGGCAGUGGUGGAGCUAUUAUUGAAUCGAAGUGAUGUGGUAGCAGACUCUCGGGAUAAACAUGGUCGAACACCCCUCUGCUGGGCCGCAAGAAAGAGGCACGAGGCAGUGGUGAAGCUACUAUUGAGUCGAAGUGAUGUGGUAGUAGACUCUCCGGACAAAGACGGCCGAACACCACUAUGGUGGGCCGUAUUCCGGGGACACGAGGCAGUGAUAGAGCUACUAUUGAGUCGAAAUGAUGUGGUAGUAAACUCUCAGGAUAAUUACGGCCGAACACCACUAUCGUUGGCCGCAAGCAAUGGGAAUGAGGCAGUGGUACAACUACUAUUGAGUCGAAGUGAUGUGGUAGCAGACUCUCCGGACAAAGACGGCCGAACACCACUAUCGUUGGCCGCAAGCAAUGGGAAUAAGGCAGUGAUACAACUACUAUUGAGUCGAAGUGAUAUAAUAGCAGACUCUCCGGAUAAACAAGGUCGAACACCCCUCUGCUGGGCCGCAAGAAAGGGGCACGAUGCAGUGGUGCAGCUACUAUUGAGUCGAAGUGAUGUGAUAGCAGACUCUCCGGACAGAGACGGCCGAACACCACUGUGGUGCGCCAUAAUGAUUAGGCACGAGGCAGUGGUGCAGCUACUAUUGAGUCGAAGUGAUGUGGUAGCAGACUCUCCGGACAAAGACGGCCGAACACCACUAUCGUUGGCCGCAAGCAAUGGGAAUGAGGCAGUGGUACAACUACUAUUGAGUCGAAGUGAUGUGGUAGCAGACUCUCCGGAUAAAGACGGCCGAACACCACUAUCGUUGGCCAAAGACAAUGGGCACGAGGCAGUGGUGCAGCUACUAUUGAGUCGAAGUGAUAUGGUAGCAGACUCUCCGGACAAAGACGGCCGAACACCACUAUGGCAGGCCUUAUGUCGAAAUGUGGAGUUCCCAGCCAUGUUCCCAGCCACUCUCCGCUAUGACCUGUGCGCACGUCGGCUAUAUCACUCUAUUUCUAUGGGGUCAAAGACACCCCAGCCGGCCGGAAUCGCCUUUACCUCGCCCUCCGCGCUGAUUGAUCCUGAUUGA